UGUGUGUGGGGGCGGGUUAACACAGGGGGAGAGAGAGAGAGACAUGAUUUCAUUUGAGGGCAAGCGAGCAUGACUGAAGAAUGAGAAUGAGAGAGAGAAAAGCAGGAAGGUGGAGAGACAAAGAGAACCAUAAAGAGAAAGAGGCAGCUGAGCGUGUGCAGAUCAGUCGGUCAGUCUGAGCGUGUGCACAUCAGUCAGUUGGUCUGGUUGUGCAGACUAGACGGAGCUCAAAAGGAAUCGAACCAACAUCCUGCUGAGGAACUCCCAGUUGCUUCUGCAUGACUGAAGGUGUGCAUCUACAUGGCGACAGGUGUGUGUGUGUUGCUGACUGUGUGGAUCAGUGUGUGCACGGCGUCGAACCUGGACACGUCUUUUCCAGUGUUGAAGAUUGGCGGAGAUGGAAGUCUGUUUGGCCUGUCUGUCGCUCUGCACCAAGACCUGAAGACAAACAGUUACCUGCUGUUGAUCGGAGCACCCAGGGAGAGGGCGGAGCCUAAUGUUCCAGCGAAUCGAACAGGAGGAGUGUACAGCUGUCCAAUUACUGCUGACCAAUCAGACUGCAGCAGGAUGAAGCUCAUUGACUCAGACCUGAACCUGUCUGAGGACUGGAUUGAGGACAUGUGGUUGGGUGUUUCAGUAGCCAGUCAGGACCAGCCUGGGGGGAGGGUCCUGGCAUGUGGUCAUCGGUUCAUUAAACUAUACGGGGCGCUCAACCUCAGACACAUGGUUGGCCGCUGUUAUCUCCGUGGAAAUGACCUGCAGUUUGACAAAACGGACCUGCACUGGCAGAACCUGGACCAGCCCUGCAGUCACCUGGGUGAUGUCACCAGUGAGGUCAUGUGUAACAUGGGGAUUUCGGCCUCCAUCACUCAGACUGAAAUCAUCGUCGGUUCACCUGGAAGCUAUGAGUGGCAAGGUAACGUCCACAUCUCGUGGAUGAAUCCAGAUGUUGACUUUGACACCCAGAGGAGCUCCUUCCCCAACCUGCAGCGCAGAAACGUUUAUAUAGGAUACUCUGUCACUCAGGCUCUUCAUCUUCUCUCCCAGGAUGAUGAAACCGUAGUAACAGGAGCUCCUAAGGACAGUAAAGAAGACGCUCGUGGCUCUGUGCUGCUGGCCGUGAAGCAGGGGGACAAACUGAUGAUUCGGCAGACUCUGCGCGGCGAACAGACAGGCUCGUACUUUGGUAACGCCGUGGCAACCGCCGACCUCAACAACGACGGGUGGAAUGACCUGCUAGUGGGCGCUCCUUUUUACUUCCAUCGUCAGCAGGAGACGGGUGGGGCAGUUUAUGUGUUCAUGAAUGCAGGAGGUUGGUUUGAUUCUCGGCCCAGUGUGGUGCUGAGAGGACCAGUUGGGUCGGCGUUUGGUAUGUCUGUUACUGCUGCCGGAGAUCUGAACCAAGAUGGCUUCCAGGACUUCGCAGUGGGAGCUCCUUUCCAUGAAACAGGAAGUGUGAUGAUCUGGAGCGGCAGCAGCAAGGGGAUCUCUGCAGAACCGACCCAGGUGGUCCGGGGAAGCAGCAUCUCUCCUGGCUUCAGGACUUUCGGGUACUCUCUGUCUGGAGGACGGGAUGUUGAUGGGAACAAAUAUCCAGAUCUGCUGGUCGGCUCUCUGGACGACACCGUCGCUCUACUCAGAACGCGACCAGUCGUUCACCUGAAUAAAACGCUCAGAGUUUCUCCGGACGUCGUUGACCCGAACAGCUGUGACUUCUGUAUUCAGGUGGAGGUGUGUUUCUCCUACAUGUUCACCACCGGAGAGACGCACAGCAGAGACAACAUCACUGUCCACUUCACUGUGACUGCUGAUGUCACCAGUCUCAAGCCCCGACUCCGUUUCCAAGGAAACGGGCAGAGCGUGCGAUCUGGUUACCUGUCGAUGCCAAAACAACAGUGUGAGACCCUGAGAGUCGAACUGCUGAGUCCAGUGCGAGACAAAGUGGAACCUUUGGUGUUCUCCCUGAACGUCUCUCUGUAUGAGAAGCUACCCAAGAAAAGAAAUAUUGUUCAGGACCUAAAACGCCUCCCAGUGCUGAGUCAGACACCUCAACCCAUGAAAACCCAGAUCCACAUCCAGAAGGCCUGCGGUUCUGAUAACCGUUGUCAUAGUAACUUGCAGAUGAUGGCCCAGUUCACAGAUGAGCACCACACACCCUUCACCACGCACAAAGGCAGGCAGGUGUUGUACUACACUGGCAACAUGAACCGACUGUUCCUGGAGGUGAAUGUCACCAACACGCCGUCCACAAGCCGACCAGCAGAGGACGCUCACAAUGCCAUUCUGAACAUUAGCAUCCCACCAGUGUUCAUAUAUUCUGGAGUGCGAACAAAGGGUGAUGACCAGGUGAAGUGUUCUGCUGACGACAGUGUUCUCCUCUGUGAUCUGGGGAACCCAUUCAGAAGCAACCAGGAGGUUCAGGUGUUGAUCAUAUUUCAGCCAUCUGACAUCAGUUUAAACUCCAGAGAGAUUCAGUCUGUGCUGCAGCUGUCCACGCUUAGUGAGCAGUCGGAUCUGUUUCCUGUCUCUGUCUCCAUGUUGGUGAAGUAUUCACUGCAGGCAUAUCUCUCUCUGAUCAAUCCACCAGGCCCCGCCUCCUUCAGUGGUCAUGUGGUUGGUGAGUCGGCCAUGAAGAGGACGAAGGAUGUCGGCAGUCUGCUGGUCUUCACCUUCCAGGUGCACAUCAGUGGGAAGCCACUGGGUCACCUAGGAAACCUGCAGGUGGAGUUUGAUUGGCCAAUGGAAGUGUCCAAUGGGAAGUGGCUGUUGUACCUCACAGAGAUCCAAGUGAACGGCACAUCAGAGCCUAACUGUGUUCCGCCCGGCGACAUCAUCAACCCCCUCAACCUCAUGCUGUCGAAGGAGGAGAAGAAGAAGAGGAGGAGUCUGGAGGAGAAUGUGAAGGACAAUAAGGCGGUGCAGAGAGAAAAACCUCUACCUGUCAUUCACCUGCAGGGACAGAAGAAGAAGUCCUACAGUCUGGACUGUGUGCAUGGGGCGAACUGUGUGACGUUUGUCUGUCCACUGGUCAACAUGAACAACUCGGCGACUCUGACUGUCAGAGCCAGACUCUGGAACUCCACGCUUAUUGAGCACUACAGCGAUGCGAGGAGCGUGUUGGUUCGAGGCCGAGCGUCCCUGAAGCUUCAGACUAACAUACCGACCAUCAACAUGGAGUCUCUCAGCACAGAGAUUGAAGUCCACGUCUAUCCAGACCUGGGGCAGCAGGUGGACUCCAGCGCCCCCCUGUGGAUCAUUGUGUUGUCUGUUCUGGCUGGAGUUUUACUGCUGGCUCUCAUCUGCCUGCUGCUAUGGAAGUGUGGUUUCUUCAUGCGUCAGAGGGAGUGGCAGGCCGCGGUGCUCCACCACGGGAGGAUUGUGAGUAAAGAUGAGCAGCAGGUGUUUAUGGACUCUGAUGGUUUCCUGAUCCAAGACUGUGUCUCUUCAUCCAGAAGCAGGAACUCACCCAAACACUGGGUCACCUCUUGGACUGAGACAAGCUGAGAGACUAGCCGUAUCCAUGGAAAGACAUUCUGAAACAGACCAGACCAAAACACCCUGAACUGGACCAACACACAGCUGACUCUGUGAUUUAAAUGUUUAAAUGAAUACGGGCCAUUUUCUUCAUUACUGAUCUGUAUUUGUAAUGUUUGUUAUUAAUGUGUGCUUCCCAGCUUCCUCUUGACCUCUGAGUCAAAUCAUAAAUAAAGAAGUUAUGGUUGAUUUUUGAACAAAUCA